CCGCCCUCAAGUCAUUUCCCACCGACUUUCUGACGUCUCUUCCUGAUAAGAAAUCGGCACAAAAAAAAAAAAAACAAUCAAACCAAACCAAAACAAAUUCUCUAUUUUUGACUUCCUGAUAUUAUUUUAAUUUCUAGUAUUUGUUCUUAGCCUUCCGAUUUCGAAGUGAAGUUUGGUCUGCGCACAUUACGAUGGAGUUGGACGGCGAGAGGGUUUCGGACCGCAGCAGAGUCGAGGUUGACGAAUCUUCUGCGGAAAACAGAGCAACACUGAGCGAGGAACUGCUGGACUUUACCGAAUCUCUCCACUCCUCCAUUGUCCACUACGAAUGGAAAAACGGUAGACGGUAUCGAGAGGGAAACUACAAGUUCCCCAAUGACGAACGGGAACAAGAUCGACUCAACCUCGUCCAUUAUGCGAUUUACUACCUGUGCGACGAGAAAUUGUUCAUGGCGCCGUUCAACCCGGACGGGAAGAGAAUUUUAGAUACAGGAACAGGAACGGGGAAAUGGCCGAUUGAAAUGGGGGAUCUAUAUCCCUCAGCAGAAUUGACUGGCGUCGAUUUAAGUCCGAUACAGCCGCGAUGGGCACCACCGAACGUCAAAUUCAUAGUCGAGGAUAUCGAGGAAGAUUGGAUAGAAACGGAACAAUACGACUUUAUACACUGCCGACAUUUAAAGCCAGGCGGCUGGGUGGAAUUCAAAGACUCAACAUCCACCAUAUUUUCUGAAGAUGGCAGCGUCACGCCUGACUACAAGGUGGGCGAAAUGCUUCGGAAUCUGAGGCUGGCAUCGGAGAGAAUAGGCAUAACCAUGGAUCAUGCCCCCUCACUGAAGGGCUGGAUGGAACAGGCCGGAUUUACAAAUAUCGAGCAGCGCACAAUGAGGUUACCGAUAGGCACGUGGCCAAAGAAUAAACGCUUGAAACUUAUUGGGGCAAUGAUGGCGUCACACUAUCUCGAAGGGGUGGAGGCAUUCACGCUCAUUCCAUUUACGGAGAUACUAGGCUGGACCACAGCAGAGGUUGACGAACUGAACGCGCAGGUCCGCGCUGCUGUGCAGACGAAGGGAGUCCAUCCACUGCAUAUCUAUUAUGUCGUCUGGGGUCAAAAACCCGAAACGUAAGCAGACAUGAAUGAAGUUCUCGUGUACGAAGUGCGCUCGUACUUUUUACAUAACCCAGCUGUCUGAGAAAGCAGCCGGCGGUUACUGCAUGAAUUUAUUUUGUCUCCGGGGUCCGCUCUUUUAAACAAUCGGCGUUUUGUAUUGCUGUUUUCACAAUGGGCAUGGUUCAAUCGUUUUCAUUUCACUAUCAGCAUAUGAGAAGGCGCAUUUCGCAGCUUACUUUUUCUUGUUUCCCUUCAUUCAUUUUACUCCCUGCCUUGGGGACGUUUGUAAUGAUUUGAACAUCGCCAUAGAAUUCCACAUCAACCAUUAAAACAAGUUGCGCAAUUUUAA